UUAUUAUUAGGGAAAUGCGAAUGAAAAUAAUAAGCUAAUUAAGACACAACAUCAUCAAAGAGUUUCUCAAAACGACCCAACAACAAUGGAUGAUGUUCAUCAUGUUCAAGUAGAAUCAAAAGCUCCUCCUCAUCAUCAUCAUAAUCAUGAUAGUCAUCAUCGUUCUUCUCUCAUUGCUCUCAUGAGAGCAUCACCAUCUUCUUCAUUGACUCCCUCCUCUUCCACCUCAUCAUCUUCUUCUUCUUCUUCUUCUUCUUCUUCUUGGACCCUUAAGAAAUACCUCCUCUACGACCACCCGGGUCCGACCGGGUCCAAUAAUGUUCCUCCUCAUGAUGAUGAAGAUCAUCAAGAACACCAACUACGACCACCACACGUGGCAGAAAUCCAAGAACUUCAGAAAAGAGUGUUCAUCGAUGGCAUUGUCGGUCACAGUGGGAUGCAAUGGAACCAUGUGAACAGCCGGUUCGACCAAGUUUCCUCGACCAGAACCAGCCCUGAACCGGUUGUAGAAUGGUCCAACUUUGCCUUCUGCAUUGGGAUGCAGUCUUCACCAGAAUUUGCCAAUGAAUUGCUAAGAGCAUUAAGAGGAGGAAAGGAUUGGAAAUUCAACAUCACUAAAACUGAUUUGUACCGUUUCUGGCUUCGGAUUAAAGAUGAUUCUUUUGAUUCAAGAAUGCGAAUUUUUUUUUACAUGUGUAACAGAAACAAUGAUGGAAGAAUUACCAAGACAGAUGUAAAACAGACAAUUGUAUUGGCUACAUCUACAAAUAAGUUAUCCGUGACACAAGAAGAAGCCGAGAACUCUGCAGCUUUGAUCAUGGAAUCACUUGACCUCCAAAACAAAGGCUACAUUCAGAUAUCUGAAAUGGAGUGUCUGUUGAAGUUAAUCCAAAGUCCAUCAAAGAAAUCAUUAGCAGCAGGAGAUACAGAGAAGCAAAAUAAUGUGGAGAGCAACAAGAAUGGGUUCCUUGAGGAGCAAGAAGCAAUGUCGAGGGCGGAAGUGUUGUUCCGAACGAACUGGCGGCGAGCUUGGAUGGUUCUGGUUUGGGUAAUGGCUUGCAUUGUGCUGUUUGGGUGGAAAUUCUAUCAGUACAGUCAUAGAUCAGGAUUUCAAGUGAUGGGUUAUUGCCUUCCAACUGCAAAAGGUGCAGCUGAAACAUUGAAACUCAACAUGGCUCUCAUUCUCCUCCCUGUUUGUAGAAACACAAUCACUUGGCUCCGCAAGGAUCCUAGGAUCAACUAUCUCAUUCCUUUUAAUGACAACAUUAACUUCCACAAGGCUAGUACACACCUUGCCUGUGAUUUCCCAAGAAUCAGCGGCUCAAGCACGGCGGUUUUCCAGCAGACUAUAGCGGCGAGAUUCGGGUUCCGGCAGCCAACGUACUUGCAAAUUUUGGCCACAACAGAGGUGGCAAGUGGGAUAGCCAUGGUGUUUCUAAUGGCCAUUGCAUUCACACUUGCAACAAAGUGGCCGAGACGUCGCUCGCCGGCGCUGCCGGUGUCCCUAAGAAGAGUCACCGGCUACAACACAUUUUGGUACUCACACCAUUUGUUUGUUAUUGUCUAUGCAUUGCUCAUUGUCCACUCCAUGUUCUUGUUCCUAACUAACAAAUGGACCGAGAAAACGACUUGGAUGUACAUUGCUUUUCCAGUUUUGUUAUACACUGGAGAGAGGAUCUUUAGAGCUGUAAGGUCAGGAUCUUAUGAAGUUGAUAUCUUCAAGGUAAGUCUGUGUCCCGGAAAAGUUUUGUACCUGAAAAUGCAAAAACCUGAAGGCUUCAAGUACCAAAGUGGCAUGUAUAUAUUUCUUCAGUGCCCACAAAUUUCAUCCCUUGAAUGGCAUCCAUUUUCCUUAACUUCAGGACCACAAGAUGAUUACCUUAGUGUGCAUAUUAGAACUCUUGGAGAUUGGAGCUACCAAAUAUACGACCUAUUCCAAGAGGCAGUGUUAACAAGAUCGGAAGUGUGUCCAAAAGUGUACAUAGAUGGGCCAUAUGGUUCUGCUUCUCAAGAUCAUGUUAAGUAUGAUAUUGUGGUGCUGAUUGGCCUUGGUAUUGGAGCCACACCUUUCAUUAGCAUCCUCAAAGAUGUAGCAGCUACAACACACAAUGAUCAUGUUCAUAGUGGUGUGAGAGAAUACGGCAACUUAACAAAGUGUCCGCAAAAGGCAUAUCUCUAUUGGGUCACAAGAGAGCAAAAUUCCCUUGAUUGGUUUAGAGAUGUUAUGAAUCAAAUUGCAACUUCAAACAGAAAUCAGUCGGUGGUGGAAAUGCACAAUUUCCUUACUAGUACCGUAUAUCCUGCCGGAGAUAUCCGUGCGGCGCUGCUAAGUGUCAUUCAGGGGUUGCAUCACGCCAAGAAUGGCACUGACUUAGUUUCCAGGAGCCCAAUAUACACUCAUUUUGCUCGUCCGAAUUGGUUCAACAUAUUUGCUAGAUUAGCUCAAAGGCACAGGGGAGCUAAGAUUGGGGUUUUCUAUUGUGGCUCAUCUAAUUUGGCAAGGGAGUUGAAGAAGUUGUGCACCAAAUUUUCCACCAAAACCACAACAAGAUUUGUUUUCCACAAGGAAAAUUAUUAAACCUUGAAUGAUUGGUGCUGUGUCAAAUUCAUAGUGAAGAAUGCAAAUUAAGUCAGGUACAAAGCAAAUCAUCAACUAUUUAGUCUAUAGUCUAGAGAGUGUGUUUGGUGCUAUUUUGGUAGGAAUUAAGAAAGUAUUUUUUAUAUACCAAAAAAAAAAAAAAAAUCAAAA